AUGUAUUUAUAUAAUUGGUUUUUAGGUCGAUCACCUCUUGCAACUAGUACAGGUGGUCAAAGUUUAACAACACCAGAAAAGAAUGUGACAUUACCUCGAACUUUAUCAGGACAAAGUAAUGACGGAGAAAGUGAAAGUCGUGCAACUGUUUCACGUAGUGUUAGUGCUGCUGCAAUUAUUACAAGUAAAUCGGAUACAAUGAAAUCAACAACAUCAUCAUCAGCUGCAUCAAGUCGAGAAGCAUCACCAAAUCGUACAAGUGGUAGUAAAGUUGGAGAAGAUGUAGCCAAGAAAGAAAAGAAAUCGAAAUUUCGAACACCAUCAUUUCUUCGAAAACGUAAAGAAAAGAAAGAAGCAGCUAAUAAAGAUAAAGCUGAAAAAUGA